CUGGCGGCGGGGUCGGGAUGGCGCAGCCCGCGGAGGCCUCGGGUCACACCGCGACCGCCAGCGCCAGCAUGGACAACAACGUCCUGGCCAUCGUCAUCGCCGCCACGGUGUCCACCUCCGUUUUCAUUGUGGCGAUCCUCAUCCUGCUGCUGCUCUUGUACCACCGGGACCCCAUGUGCUGCCAAUUCCUCUGCUCCUGCCGCCUUUUCCAGACCCCCAGCCAGUAUGACCGCCCCCCACCCUACUUCAGCAGCAGCCAGCAGCUGGUGGGACCCCAGCGCGGAGCCUCACGGCUGGAGAGCACUGCUGAGAACCCGGGCAUGCAGGGAGACGAGCUGUUCUGUGUGGGACCCCCCAGCACGUACCAGCUGCCGUCCUGGGAGCAGCCCCGCCCGCCCAGCUACGAGAGCGUGCGCAAGAAAGAUCGCCAGCGGGAAAUCCAUCAGAUGAUUGCCGACAGGUUUGGGCUGUGGGCAGAGCCAUCCCAGGAGAUGCCACCUCCUUAUGAGCAUGCUCUGAGGCAUCCUCCAGCUUUCUCAGGAACAGGAAUAAGCUCAGAGACCUUGGACAGACAUGGAGUUCCAGAGCCUUUCCAUGCCCCCCUGAGCUACCAAGCUCAGCGGAACACCGCGGUGUAAGGCCCUGGCCUCAGUGUCCUGCUGCUCCCCGUGCUGGCAGCAGCUGAAGUGCCUGGGAUUCCAUUUUCCUCCACAGUGAAUGGCCAAACCUUCACCCAGAUCCACAACCACCUGAAACGCAGGCAAGACCAACCCAGCCAUCCUCCUUGCAGCACAAGAACAACCACAGAGCCAUUGCUGGGCACUGCACUGAGCAGAGGAACCGGGGACAUCUGCUCACUCUGGCAAACACCAAAGGCAAAGGUCCAGCUGCUGGAGCUGCACGGGGCAAAGCCAAGGGCAAUGUCUGCUGGGCCAGAGCUCCUCAGGAGCAGCAUUUCACACCUCUGUGAGG